UUACAUUUUGUUGAAAUCAAUUCAAAGUACAUUUUUCAAAAUUCGAGAAUCCCCCCUUCGUAAAUUAUAGAGUAACGGCAUUUUUUGAACACAGCCACACUGUGACCAGCAGUCGGUUAAAUCGGUCGCGAAGUCUAAUAACAAUUGUAAUGCUAGAACCCGCAAUAGUUGGGCCAAUUAAAAAUGUAUUAAGCUUAAUGUGAAGAGCCCUUAAUAUCGCACAAUGAUUGACGCCGCUUCCGCCGAGCGGGGAAGCCCCAAGUUUAUUGCCCCCUUCAAUGACAAUCUGAAACUGGGCCACCAGAACGACAUCCCACAACCGAUGAACGGGAAGGACACCGAUAGCCACAUACCCGCCGACCUACAGACGGAAUACAGAACUUUGUUCGCCGCCUGCCAGGAUCACGCCGCCUUCUUCGCCAGGGACCACACUGAAUUAGGCCAGCGUCUGCACGCCGCCCACAUUGCCUGGCAGGACUUCAUCGUCCUGGCCAACCGGCUGGUCCUGCAGAUCGAGGCCUUUGCCCACGAGUACGACUUUGACGAGCAGACGCCGGGCAAUGGCUACCGGAGCUUUAUCUACGUGACCAAUGCCUGCAUCACACACGGCGUAGGCAUCUGCCAGCAGCUGAUGGCCACCCGUUCCGCCAUGUUCUUCCGCAAGAAGUUCUACAUGAAGGAGGUGGAGGCCUGCUCCCAGCUGUUGUCCUCGCUGUGCACCUGCAUGCAGUACCUGCUCAUCCUGCGCCAGUGGUCGGCCAGCACGGGGGACCUGUUCGCCUGCGGGAACCACACGGCCGAGCAGCUCUUCGAGCUGGGCGACACCAUUAACCAGUAUUGCUUUUACGGACGCUGCCUGGGCUUUCAGUACGGCGACUCGAUACGCGGCGUUCUCCGCUUCCUGGGCAUCAGCAUGGCCAGCUACUCGGAAUCGUACUACUCCCAGGAGGGCGACGGCGCCAUCGUUAAGACCACCCGCAGCCUGUGGACCAGCGGAAAGUACUUAAUGAAUCCGGAGCUGCGUGCCCGCCGCAUCGUUAACAUCUCGCAAAAUGCCAAGAUUGACUUUUGCAAAUCCUUCUGGUUUCUGGCUGAAUCCGAGAUGAUGCACAAGCUGCCCAGCAUUGUGGGCAGCUCUAUUAAGGUGAACCGGCUGAUCGAGUUGCCAGCGGAACCACUGAAGCUGCCCCGACGUAAGGACUUCAAGCCACUAGAAACCCCCGGCAACGAUGUCAAUCAGAACCAAGGGGAUGACGAUUUUGUAGAGAUCCCCGUGCCCACAGCUCACCUGGGACCUGGUCUACCGGUAUCUGUUCGCCUGCUGAGCGCCAAAAGACGAUCGGGAAUGCUCGGUGAGGGUCGAUAUCGCGGCUGGCAGAAGCCCACACCGCCGAGUCCCUCGAUUCUGUUUCACUGCCAUGGCGGUGGCUUUGUGGCCCAGUCCUCAAAGUCCCACGAACUAUAUUUGCGCGACUGGGCCGUGGCCCUUGACUGUCCCAUUCUCUCCGUGGACUACAGUUUAGCGCCGGAGGCUCCGUUUCCACGCGCCUUGCAGGAGGUUUACUACGCCUACUGCUGGCUUUUGAACAAUACCGAACUCCUGGGCACAACGGCUGAGCGGAUUGUGUGCGCUGGAGACUCGGCUGGGGCGAAUCUGUCCAUUGGAGUGGCCCUCAAAUGCAUCGAGCAGGGAGUUCGAGUGCCGGACGGACUGUUUCUUGCCUAUUGCCCGACUCUCGUUAGCUUCGUGCCCAGUCCUGCCCGCCUCCUCUGCCUGAUGGAUCCGCUGCUACCCUUCGGCUUCAUGAUGCGUUGCCUUCGUGCCUAUGCAGCACCCGCCCAGGAGACGCUCCAGGAGAAUGCUAAGCAUGUGGAGGAUGCUGCCCAGAUACGCAAUGCCCCGAAAUCGAACGUGGGAAGCUUGAACUCCAGCCGUCGCACAUCGAUGGCCAGAAGUCCGCUCACUCUGCUGGAGGCCAACACCGAGCAGGAUGACGAAAGCAGCGACACCUUUGCCAGUGCCUCGGCUUCUUACCACAGCCAGACCGUGGAGAGAACCGAGCUUCCCAACAGCGAGGGCGACAACAGCUCAUGUGUCUCCUUCGAAGACGACUCGCAGCCCAUUGUUCACUACCCGAUUGAAAUAUCAGCCGACCCACCUAAGGACACAGCAUCUGCAGCGUAUAUUGACAACUUCCUGGACAAGUAUCUCAUUGACACCGCCACAAUAGAGGUUACCGAAGAGACAGCGGCCGAGGCGACGCAAGUGCAGGCGAAUGGGCAUGCGAAGAUCAGCCCAGACGAUGAUAUUCUGGUAGAGACUGGUCGAGACCUGGUUGCAAUAGAUACGCUGCAGGGUCGGCUGCAGGAAGCCGUCAACAACAUAACUAAUACAUUAAACCGCUGCACGCAAUCCUAUGCGAUUCAUGGGAGCAAUGUGAUGGGUCAACAGGAUGUGCGCAACAUGGACGCGCUGAUAGCUCGAAGUCCCAGCGAGGAGUUUGCAUUCGAUGUGCCUAGGGAUCCAUUUUUGUCGCCCUACUGGGCCAGCGAUGAAUGGCUUUCCCAACUGCCAGAGACCAAAAUACUUACUCUAAAUAUGGAUCCCUGCCUGGAUGACUGUGUAAUGUUUGCCAAGAAACUAAAGCGCCUUGGUCGCCAAAUUGACUUGGAAAUCCUGGAGGGGCUUCCGCACGGAUUCCUUAAUUUCACCAUGUUAUCCAACGAAGCCAUGGAGGGAUCCAAAAAAUGCAUUAGAUCUCUACAGACGUUGCUUCAAGUAAAUCCGAAGCUCAAGACAAAUGACAAAGAGAGCUCGCUGGACGACGAGGAGUCCUCCAGUCCCAGUGCAAGCUUGGCAGCUUCAUAGGAUGAGUUUCAAUCGGUCUAUAUGCCUAUAGGACUGGAGAACCAAACACCCGACGAAGAAAAAUAAAAAACCGAUGGUAAAUUGUGAGUGACAACGCGGUCUCAGCAUCACUGUAAAAUAUUGUCACCUGCAUUUAUCCCCCUUGGAGUUCUCCUUUCGCAUAGGCGUGUAAAUCGCAAAUUGUUAUGCGCAGGAACAAAUUGAAUUGUUCAUUGUUAAACGCACUCUUCUUGCUUUUUUAUGUAAUCUCAAAUGUUUUUGAUACACUUUUAUAUGACACAG